AUGCCGGAGGCUCAAUGGAUAGAAUUUGAAGAUUGGCAAGAAGCAAACGAAAUGGCAAUCGAACACUCAAGUUGUAAAGGCAAGGGCAAGGCACUACCCACUUUUGGCCCUGAGUUGGUGCUGGACACAUCAUCCGCCACCACCAUAGUCCCUCCCCCACUGUUUGACUCCGACUUAGCACCACCAGAUACAUCAUCUGCUGCUUCACAAGUUAUCACCACUGGUACAUCCAUCAAGCAAACUCAUGAAUGCACAAUAAGUUCCACCUCUGGCACUGUUUCACUUCCUCACAAGUUCAGUGUCCCUCAUAAUCCCCCACCUGCACUUCUCUGCUCUCCUGAUCACAAUGACCUCAAAGUAGCCCUGGAGAUUGGUGGAGGUGCUGAUUUGGACUUUGGACAUGAGACAGGGCUUUCUCCUCAAAGAAUUAUUGAUGGUGGAGAUGAGAGUUUCAUCAAAUAUAUUUAUAACAUGGAUCCUGACCCAUUGCGUGUUCCGGAUGAAUUUGGGUAUGACUUCACAUUGUUUCUUGCCUUCACACAACAUGUGCAAUACAUCACGAUGGGUGGGUUGGUCUUUAUCUCUGAUUAUCAAGAAUCACACCCUUCGGUUAGUGACAGUAAAGAUAUCUUUGGAGGGGGGGGGGGUAAUAUCGAGAAGGCAGUCAUUUUAGUGACGAGCUCGACUCAGAAGGAGCUGAAGGAGUGGCUGAAACCUUAA